UCAUUUACACAAAAAAUGUAUUUCAGUGUGGGCAGGAAGAAAGGCUUGAAGAUAGGAGAGACAUACACAAACGACUAUCAGGCAAAAGAGUUCAUACACUACAUAGCAGAGGAUGAGAGAAGAAAGAUGAGGGCAAGAUUAUCAGAUGGCAAGUUCAUCUCGGUCAUGUCAGAUGGAUCCCUCGACAGUGCAGUGAUGGAAGAAGAAAUGGUCUACGUCAGGAGUGCCAGUGAGGGGAAGGCCAAAGUUGAUUUUGUCGGGGUAAAGGCUGUCUCAAAGCCAGAUGCUACAAAUAUAGCUGAAGCAGUGUGCAGUAUAAUGGAAAGUGGAGUCAGCACUGAUUGGAAGAACAAGCUAGUGGCAAUCACCACAGAUGGAGCAUCUGUAAUGACAGGAGUAAACAAUGGUGUUGUUGCAAAACUGCGUGCAGACAGACCAAGUGUGCUGGGGAUCCACUGCAUGGCCCAUAAGCUAGAGCUUGCCUUCUCAGAUGGAAUAAGGAAAAAUGUGAUGGCCAGGAAAGUUGAGGACCUCUUGAGUGGACUCUACACCUUAUAUCAUAAGAGUGGAGUGAACAGGGCCAGCCUAAAGCAACACUUCAGGGAGCUCCACAUGAAGGCUUUGAUGCCAACCAGAGUAGGUGGAACCCGGUGGCUACCACAUCUCUUCAAAGCACUUGACCAUUUUCUCAGGGGAUAUGCUGGCAUUGUACGCCACUUGGAGAAGUCCCAGGAGGCCACGAACGUCAAUGCUGUUCUGAGGGCAAAAACCAAGGGGUUCCUCAACAUAGGCAAGGAUGGUGGAGUGCUCAGGUUUUGCUGCCUUCUCCAUGACACCAUCUAUCAACUGAGCAACCUCUCCAAGUCACUGCAGAGGUCAGUGUCAACCGUGGCUGAAGCUCAGAGCUGCCUUUCCUCCACUCAGGCUGUCAUAGAAAAGUACAAGUCAAGACCUGGGCCUAAGCUGAGAGCAGUGCUGGACACAGACACUUAUGAGGGAGUCCUCCUGAGGCCUACUGAUGCCGACCGGCAUGACAAGGCAAAGAAUGAGCUAAUGGGUUCUCUGUGCCGGGGCAUCACCGCUAGAUUCAGUGACGUGAACAGUGGUGUCCUGCAGGCCCUGCGGCGGACCAGGUUCCAGUACUGGCCAGAGGCAGACACAAGUUCAGAUUUUGGUGAUGAAGAGGUAAACAAACUCAUCAGUCACUUCCGACCUCUCUUCCUGUCUGCUGGAGUGGACGUGGAGCUGGUCCCUGAUCAAUGGACAGUUCUCCAGACUGACCUGCACACAGCAGGAUCCAGCCAAGGAAACUUUGAGCAGACCUGGCCUACUGUGAACAGAAUGCUGCGAUAUCGAUGUCCUGAUGUCCUUGAUCUUUUUGAUGCUCUCCUGACCAUCCCUGCAACUACGGCUGACUGUGAAAGAGGGUUCAGUGUUAUGAAGCAGGUAAAGAGUGACUGGCGCUCCCGCCUAAAAGGUGAAACCCUCUCUGACCUCCUUAAAACCCAGUUGUGCUCACCUGACAUCAAAGACUUUGAUCCAACCAAAGCCAUUGAGAUCUGGCAUGCUGACAGUUUGCGCUCACGCAGACCUGACUUUGUGCGCAAACAUGGACCAAAAGAAACAGAGGGUGGCUCAGAUUCUGAUGGCACCACCUCUGAAGAAGAAGAGCUCUGA